AUGACAAACACUCAUGGCGAUGACUCCGAGGCAACCCCUUUGCUAGCUCACAUCAAACAUGAAGACGUGUAUCGUCGCUUCGAACCAUCUCAAAAGCGAGUAAUUCUCGCAAUUGUUUCUACGACGGGGCUUCUUCCUUUGUUUGUGUCGGGGACGUUUGUCCCCUCGAUACCUCAAAUUGCAAAAGACCUUAAUUCUAACGGGACAGUUGUAAGUUGGGCUGUGAGUCUUUCGAUCAUGGCUUCGUCUUUGGGCUCGCUUCUGGGCGCAACCUAUUCCGGAUUCUAUGGAAGAAGGCCUAUCUAUCUCGUUGGGACGCCACUGCUUUUUAUUGGUUCAAUGGGUGUCGCUUUGGCACAAAAUAUACCUCAGCUCAUGAUAUGGAGGUUUGUACAGGCGAUUGGAGCAUCUCCAGGAUUGGCCGUUGGGUCCGGAGUCAUUGGUGAUAUAUACAAGCUCGAAGAACGAGGGGGAGCUAUGGGUAUCUUCUUCGCCGCUGUUCUAUUGGGUCCUGCGCUAGCGCCACUUGCGGGAGGUUUUGCAGCGCAUUACUUCUCUUGGCGAAUAAUGCAAUUCUGGCUCGGGAUCACAGGACUCGUUGUCUUUUUCAUCGUUCUGUUUAUACUUCCAGAGACAUUCCACCCCGGCGAACGAGGUGUUGAAAAGGCCGAUCCUGCAUCCCUCCCUAAAUGGCGCCCGGUGUUCCUUAAUUUCUUAGAACCUUUGUGGAUCAUGAGGAGUCCAAAUUUAAUGGCAGUUAUUUUGGCUGGGCUCUUUACUCUUAUGACUGACUAUGUUCUUCUUGUCCCAAUCGCGUAUACAAUAGGCGCCAAGUACAAUAUCACGAAUGAAGCGCUGAUCGGGGCUUGCUUCCUACCAUGCGGGCUUGGAAAUAUGAUUGGUGCUCCCUUGGCUGGGAGCAUCUCUGACAAGGUUGUCAUCUAUUACAGAAAAUCCCGAGGCGGAGAAUGGUACCCAGAAGACAGGUUGCGAACGACACUAAUUGGCGGACUCAUUUUCGUCCCGCUGUCGGUACUAAUGUCUGGCCUACUGACAACGUAUGUGCCAGGAAAGUUGGGACUUGCUUUGAAUCUGGUUUGCUUAUUUAUUAAUGGACUCGGGGUCGACUUUGUUCUGAGCCCAUCUGCUGCUUACAUAGUCGAUCUAAUGCAUUCUCGAAGCGCAGAAGCAAUGGCUGCUGGGAAUGGGUUCCGAUCAUUUAUGAUGGCAAUUGGAAUUGCUUGCAUCCUGCCAAUGAUCAACACCUACGGUGUAGCCGUGACUGAUGCGAUUGCCGCCGUUUUCGCGUGGAUCGGUUUUAUCCUGUUAUGGGUAACCAUUCGUUACGGAGAUCGACUCCGGGCAGUUGUCGACGUCGGAUUCUCGACAGCAGAUAACAAUUAA